ACUGUGUAUGCGUAUGCCCGAGCUUAAAGUGUUGUUUAUUUUUGAGUGGAACGCUAUAAUAUUAUUAAUGAUGUGAUACAUUCCGAGAUAAAUUGCAUAUCAUAAAAGUGGCGCAAACAAGCCCCUCGUCUAAGUGAGGCACCAUUGGAAAAGCAAUUAAAGUCGUAUCUACCAGAACAUGAUUGACCCCAGCUCUAGUGAGGAGGAGGGCGACGAUGAUGCCGUUGUCAAUGUGCCGCCUAAAGGGCGCCUUGGGCCUCCACCUAAAUCAGCGGCUUCAAUGGCCGCUGGGCCAGCAAAUACUUCGAUGUCCGGAUCUGGGGCCGUUCCAAUGUCUGUAUCUAAUGUACAGAAUGGAGACUUUUCUGGCAAUCAAAGAGCGCCUCCUGCAUCAGCCAGUAACCGUAUGGAGAGUGGUCAAGCCAAUAGCACUGGAGGCGUGGGACCUGCUAAGACCGACCAAGUUCAGGCUGGUGGUAGCGAUGGUGGUCUUGAAGUUCCCAAUAAUGGCAUUCCAAGUGGCAUUUCUCAAGAGACAUUAAAUCAAAGUGUCGGAUCAUCGCGGGCCAACUCGUUACCCAGACCCCUGUCGCCGUCGCCAUCCGUUGCCAGCGACAAGCAGGAUGGUGUGGACCCCCACGAGAAGCACGAACGCGAAGAGGAGGAACGCAAGCGUCGCAUUCAACUCUAUGUGUUCAUUUCGCGCUGCAUAUCGUACCCGUUUAACGCCAAACAGCCCACAGACAUGACCAAGCGACAGCCAAAGAUUACAAAGCAGCAAUUGGAAAUGAUAACACAACGAUUUCAGGCUUUCCUUAAAGGGGAAACGCAAAUAAUGGCCGACGAAGCAUUUCAAAACGCCGUUCAGAGCUAUCAUGAUGUGUUUUUAAAAUCCGAACGCGUUCUGAAAAUGGUUCAAUCUGGUGCCUGUUCACAACACGAUUUUCGGGAGGUUUUUCGCAAUAACAUCGAAAAACGUGUUAGAUCUUUACCGGAGAUUGAUGGUCUUAGCAAGGAAACCGUACUAACAUCUUGGAUGGCUAAGUUUGACAUCAUACUAAAGGGUACAGGCGAGGAGGAUUCAAAGCGACCAUCACGCAUGCAGCAAUCGCUAAAUAGCGAACUUAUUCUAUCCAAGGAACAACUGUACGAUAUGUUUCAACAGAUAUUGUCAGUGAAAAAGUUUGAGCAUCAAAUCUUAUUUAAUGCACUGAUGCUUGAUUCAGCUGAUGAGCAGGCUGCGGCCAUUAGGCGGGAAUUGGAUGGACGGAUGCAGCGCGUUGGUGAAAUGGAGAAGAAUCGAAAAUUAAUGCCAAAAUUUGUGCUUAAGGAGAUGGAGUCUCUUUACAUCGAGGAAUUGAAAUCGUCCAUUAAUCUGUUGAUGGCAAAUCUAGAAUCCUUGCCAGUAUCUAAGGGAAAUAUGGACAGCAAAUAUGGUUUACAAAAACUGAAGCGGUAUAAUCACAGUACACCAUCAUUUAUAAAAAUGAUAUUGCGUUCGCACGGAUCGCUUUCCAAACUGGAAGGUGAUUCGGAGGAAGGUACCACCCAAUUGACAAAACUGGAUGUGGUGCUUACUUUCCAAUUGGAAGUGAUUGUUAUGGAGGUAAAGGGUCUUAAGUCUCUUGCGCCCAAUCGCAUAGUUUAUUGUACAAUGGAAGUUGAAAAUGGCGAAAAGCUGCAAACCGAUCAAGCGGAGGCCUCAAAGCCCAUGUGGGAUACCCAGGGUGACUUCACAACAACUCAUCCAUUGCCGGUUGUUAAGGUGAAGCUGUAUACCGAAAAUCCAGGCAUGCUGGCGUUGGAGGACAAAGAGUUAGGCAAAGUGACUAUAAAGCCAACUCCACUUUCAUCGAAGUCACCCGAAUGGCAUCGUAUGAUUGUGCCGAAAAACUUACCUGAUCAGGAUCUUCGCAUUAAGAUUGCUUGCAGGCUGGACAAACCAUUGAAUAUGAAACAUUGCGGGCAUCUUUUCGCAAUUGGCAAGUCCGUUUGGAAGAAGUGGAAACGUCGAUACUUUGUCUUAGUUCAAGUAUCCCAAUAUACGUUCGCUAUGUGCAGCUAUAAGGAGAAGAAAUCUGAGCCGUCCGAGAUGAUGCAACUAGAUGGUUAUACGGUGGAUUACAUCGAAGCGGCUAGUGCUAAUCUCAUGUUUGGCAUCGACUUGAAUGGUGGUCGGUACUUUUUCAACGCUGUUCGUGAGGGCGACAGCAUUGCCUUUGCUUGUGACGACGAAAACGAGUGCAGUCUGUGGGUGAUGGCCAUGUACAGGGCCACAGGUCAAUCGCACAAACCAACGCCUCCCAUCACACAAGAUAAGAACUCGGCUAUGUCCAAAAUUCAAGGUGAUGCAGACAAAGCACGCAAACACGGCAUGGAGGAUUACAUAAGUGCUGAUCCUUGUACCUUUGACCAUGCGACGCUUUUCAAAACCUUACAAAAUCUAACACUUGAAUAUCGUUUGAAUGAUCCCUAUGCGUCGCUGGGCUGGUUCAGUCCCGGUCAAGUUUUUGUUUUGGACGAAUAUUGCGCUCGCUAUGGCGUACGAGGGUGCUACAGACACUUAUGUUAUCUUUCCGACCUGUUGGAUCGUGCUGAAAAGCAACACAUGAUAGACCCUACUUUGAUUCAUUACUCGUUUGCAUUCUGCGCGAGUCACGUGCAUGGCAAUAGGCCUGACGGUGUCGGGAGCAUCACCCAUGAGGAGAAGGAGAAAUUUGCUGAGAUCAAAGAACGUUUACGUCAGCUGCUUGAAUUCCAAAUAACGAAUUUUAGAUACUGUUUUCCAUUCGGCCGCCCAGAAGGAGCGUUAAAAGCAACGCUAUCUCUGUUAGAGCGUGUGCUCAUGAAAGAUAUUGUAACGCCAGUGCCACCCGAAGAGGUGCGCCAAAUGAUCAAGAAGAGCCUGGAGACCGCAGCGCUUGUGAAUUACACUCGUCUGUCGGCUGAAGCUAAAAUCGAAGAGGAUCUACGUGGAGAGAUCAUUGUUCCGCCCUCGAAGAAGCUAGAGGACCUAAUACAUCUGGCCGAGCUUUGUGUAGAUUUGUUGCAACAGAAUGAAGAGCACUAUGGCGAGCUGCGCAAACACGAUAAAAAGGAUAAGAUUAAGGCUAAGAGCGGGGAUGGCGCAGGAGAUGAUGGCUGCGGCGAUGGUGCUGCUGGCGCAAGUGGCUCGGCUGCCGGCCAGGGAACAUCAGACAUGACGGAUGCAUCCUCGAAGGCUCUGAUGGAGGCUGGGGCUGCCAGCGAUGGGCCGCCAUCGUUCCGUUACUGUAUGCCCACCCAUGCGGUCUACACAUCGCCAGUACCAACGGCAUUUGCCUGGUUUAGCGACCUAUUGGUUGAGCAUGCAGAGAUAUUUUGGUCGCUUUUUGCUGUCGAUAUGGAUCGCGUUUUAUCGGAGCAAGCACCGGAUACGUGGGACUCGUUUCCCCUAUUCCAAAUCCUCAACGAUUAUUUGCGGGCAGAUGAUAACCUACGAAAUGGACGCUUCCAUCAGCAUCUGCGCGACACAUUCGCACCACUUGUGGUGCGAUAUGUGGACCUCAUGGAAUCUUCCAUAGCCCAGUCGAUCCACAAGGGCUUCGAAAAGGAGCGCUGGGAGAGCAAGGGGAUUAACGCUGCGUUGAACCCUGCGGCUCUUAACAAUGCGGCCCAGGCGCUGAACACGGCAGCUCUCAACCCGGCGGCGCUGCUGGGGAGCAAGAAAGAUCAGGUCAAUUUUUAUGUACCGAAGCUACCGAGGCGCUCAGCUGCUGACGACACGAGAAACGGUUGUGCCACAUCCGAGGAUCUGUUUUGGAAGUUGGACGCUCUGCAAUCGUUUAUCAGGGAUCUACAUUGGCCAGACGCAGAGUUUCGUCAGCAUUUGGAGCAGCGACUUAAGAUGAUGGCCGCCGAGAUGAUCGAGCAGUGUAUACAGCGAACGGACUCCUCUUUCCAGUCGUGGCUUAAAAAAAAUGUUGCCUUCAUAUCAACCGAUUACAUAAUACCGUCAGAGAUGUGCGCUAUGGUUAAUGUGAUAUUAGAUGCUAAAAAUCAAAGCUUUAAACUAACUACCAUUGAUGGUAUUGAUCUGUACAAAUUCCAUGCGAAAAUCGACGAUCAAAUCGACAAAGCGAAUGUAGCGAUGACACAAGGACUAAGCGGUAAACUUAUGUCAGUGCUAGAGUCGACCUUGUCGAAAUUGGCACGCUACGACGAGGGCAGCCUAAUUGGCUCGAUCCUCAGCUUUACGAACGUGUCAAGCUCAGGGAAGGAUCUCGGACAAGGCUAUGUGAAUUUUUUCCGAAACAAUAUGGAUCAAAUACGCGGCAAAAUUGGCGAUGAUCUAUGGACAUUAAACUUUUUCGAGCAGUGGUAUUCCCAGCAGGUUAAUAUGCUUUGUAAUUGGCUAUCCGAACGCCUCGAUCACUCCCUGCACUAUGCGCAAGUGACAUCAAUUUCUCAUAUAAUUAAGAAAAUCUAUUCAGACUUCGAACUGCAGGGUGUGCUAGAGGAGAAGCUCAAUUCGAAGGCAUAUCAAACUGUUGCACAACGCAUGGCCACUGAGGAAGCGACUUGUGCGCUUACAAUGCCCGAUGUCGGCGAGGGUGACGAACAUGCUGAAGAUGCGCGCGACGGCGAGGAGGAGGAUGGAGGCGAUGAGAACGCGCAUGCCUCACGUGGCAUGCCGAAGCCAAAAAUGGCAGCUGCCCAAGCAGCGGCCGUAACCAACGUCGUAGCCGGCCGAGUUGGCAACUUGCUCGGAAAAGGCAUUGGUGGACUUAGCUCGAAGUUAGGAAGCGGUGGUUGGUUUUGAAUCGUCGGCGUCGUUGGAUUGCCGCUCUAUUGCCUAACCGACGGAUUCACCUGCCACAGCCUCAGUGAUUGCACAUGACCAUCCACUAGAACCCCGACCCCAACGUUAACUGAAUUUUGAAGAGACUCAGAAGACACGCCUUGCCCUCAAUAACGAAUAUACACUUCCCACUCGAGGUGGGCUUUCAAUCUGCUCGCCAAUUAGCAGCAAUAUUAGGAAACAACAACAAUAACAAUAAUAACAACAAAAAUAGAGAUAGAAACAAAAACGAAAUCAUCAAAAAAGAAAGAAAAACGAUAUAUUGCAGAAAUUCCAAAUAUAUAUAAUUUCUGCUAAUAACAGCUUCUUAUCUUUUCUGAGCCAAGUCCACGGGCGCAUUACUUCUAAUAACACCAACUUAUAUAUGCAAUAUACAAUAUGUGUAUGUGUAUGUAUGUAUAUAUGUUCAUAUAUAUAGAUAUACAUAUGUGUAUGUAUUAACGUUAUUACCUCCUACAAUAAUAUUAAUGAAAAAUAAUAAUUUAAUGAACAAGAACGAGAACGAGAUCGAGAAAAAUGUACGCAAAAUAAAGGGAUAUGCACAUUUCUUCAUCAACUCUAUAUCGAUGUGGACGCCACCUGCGGAUUAUCGUACACAUUCCACUAACAGUGCUAAUAUAAAUAUAUUUAAAUAAUAAACUAUAUAUACAGAAUACAGAAUAAUUAUAUUAACUAACUUGUCGAUAAACAAUAUUAACAAAUAAUUUAUACAUCAACGUAUAUAAUAGCUGCCUACACUUAUUAAACGUAUUAUAUGUAUUUUACAAAACAAACUUAGCUCUACAAUGUAUAUAUACAUAUAUAUUAUUGUAGUUUAAUGCUUAAAUACGAGGUUCGUAGCAAAUCUCAAGUUUUGUCAAGUAGAAGCGCUCCAUAUAAGAAGCGCUGUCCACAUUCUCAUUCAAACGCCCACACUCCGAUCAACCCCCCACCCCCACCCGCCCUCUUCCACCCACACCCCCAUCGCCCCCAUCGCCAUUCCAAAGAAUGCUCCUCCCCACUCUGAGAUCCUUGGUCGUGGUUGAGCAAACUUCCUCUUUGGUAUUUAUUUAUAAUUGCACUUUUCCCUUUCUCCACAUUGGUUUAUUCUUUUGCAGUGCAAUUGCAAACGUAUAUAAGCAAUGCAGUAAACUGUCUUAGGAACGCCGAGAUACACAAAUACCCUUUCUAAAAUGGUUACUACACACAAACACACACACACACACACACACACACAAAGAAACACUUAACGAACAAAGGAUCGAACGAACCAACCUGAAUACUUUCCAUGACAGCUGUAAGCAAUACACAGUCGAUUUUAAGCCGUUGCGAUGAUUUGCUGAGUAACUGAUUCUAUAAUGACAGAUGAAUACAUUAUAUGUCGUUAUCAGAUACUCUGGCAUAUACACCAUAUAUGCGUAUAUAUGAUUGUAUGCACUAGCAAAUUGCAAGCGCACAUAGCUAGGUGGAAUGUAAAUUUUGGAAAGGAUAUUCGAGUUUUCAAAUUGUAAUAAACAAAAAACAAAUACAAAAAUUAAACAAAAAUGAUAUUUGCCUCAUCAACAAGUUCUUUUCACUAAUGCUUUUAAUAAAUUUACAUUUAAAUACAAAAGAAAUGGUUAAA